AUGAUAUCCAUCUCCAUCGGUAAAGUUUUACCCGUUCCUGUUUGGCAGUGGAUCGGCAAGAAAUUCUUUCGGCCCCUAGGACCUACCGUCCUUCGAGUGAGCCGGCAUCGCGUCAUCAAAGGGCCCUGCAAGCAGCCUGAAUUGGAGGCGAUGCUCUACGUCGCCGAGCAUACGUCAAUACCGGUGCCCAAGAUCUUGGCGACCUUCACCCGUCAUGGUGGUCUCUUCAUCGAGAUGGAGUACGUGCAAGGCUGCGACCUCGCCGUUGCCUGGGCGGGAAGCCUCCUGGCCGAGGACGAAAGGACAACGAUUGUCGCCGAAGUCAAGGAGGUCGUCGACGAGCUCCGGAAUCUCGCGCCGCCCGAGGAUGGCAUCGUUUCCUCGGCACGCCAGAAUGGCAUCCUAGACUGUCGAAUCGGACCCAGGCUCGUGGGACCAUUCAGCAAUGAUGACUUCCACUCCCUUCUCCGCGGCGGCGUGCCGCUUGAAUGUUGCGGGCCCAUCUUUGGCGAGGAAGUGGCUCAAAUCCAUCGACGUCAGUACCGCACCUGCUUCACGCACGCAGAUUUGAUACCGCGCAACAUCAUUGUGCGGCAUGGACAUGUCGUCGCCGUCAUAGACUGGGCCUUUGCCGGCUGGUACCCUGAAUACUGGGAAUUCAUCAAAGCUCACUACGAUUGGUUUCCUCGCCCGAACUGGUACGCGAAGCUGUACGCUGCCAUUCAGUGUUACGAUGCCGAGCUGCGCGCCGAGCGCAUUCUUUGGCACAAGUAUGACGAGCCGGGAGUGCCGCGGGAGUACUUGGCGAGACAUGCAGAACCUGCGUCGAACAGCGCCGAGUAG